AUGACAGCUCCCCAUGACGGGGGCGAGGCCAUACUCCCUUCAAAAAUUACUUUCUGGCGCCUGAUCUUCGACCAAAAGGUCGUCACCGAGGAAGUCAUGCAAUUUUCAUACACCGGCUCAGGCACUGAAGACGAUCCAUAUGCCGUCGUCUGGAUCCCUGCCGACCCGCGCAACCCCAUGAACUUCCGCCCGAUUAAAAAGUGGUCUAUUACACUCCUAGUAUCAUUCGUGACUCUCGCAGUGUCAUUGGUCUCAUCGGCAUUCUCAGGCGGAAUGAGCCAAAUCAUGGAGGACUUUGGUGCCUCCCAGGAAAUCGUCAUUCUAGGGGUAUCACUCUUCGUGCUCGGAUUCGCUAUUGGGCCCUUGAUUUGGGCACCCCUUAGUGAGAUCUUCGGCCGGAGACAUAUCUUUACCAUCUCUUUUAUGUUUCUCACUGUGUUCAAUGCCGGCGCGGCGGGUGCAAAGAACAUCGAGACACUCAUUAUAUUGCGAUUCCUGGCGGGUUCCUUUGGAUCUUCGCCGUUUGGAAAUGGAGGUGGCACUAUUGCGGAUAUGUUCCCAGCUUCUCAACGUGGGAUCGCUAUUAGUCUUUUUGCUGCUGCACCCUUCCUAGGACCGACACUAGGUCCUGUCAUUGGAGGAUUCCUCGCUGCCUCUGCCGGCUGGAGGUGGGUGGAGGGACUCCUUGCUGCAUUCUCGGGUUUGCUCUGGCUAUGUAUCAUCUUCUUGUUACCAGAGACAUAUGCACCUGUUCUACUGCGCCGUCGCGCAGAAAAGAUGUCUACUUUAACUGGGAAAGUGUAUCGCAGUCAGCUCGACAUCGACCGUGGUCCCGCUCCUCUGGGAAAGACGUUGAAAACAGCGCUUUCCCGCCCAUGGAUCCUGCUGUUCUGUGAGCCGAUUGUGCUACUUUUCUCUAUUUAUAUGGCAAUUAUCUACGGUACGCUCUACAUGCUCUUCGCCGCCUACCCAAUCGUCUUCCAAGAAGUCCGCGGCUGGAGCGAAGGUGUCGGCGGUCUCGCCUUCCUCGGCAUCCUCGUCGGCAUGGUAAUGGCCGUGGUAUACACGUUCCCCGAAAACUUCCGCUACGCCAAAAAGUGCAGCCAGACCACUGACCGACUCGCCCCCGAGCUGAGACUACCCCCAAGCAUGGUCGGUGGUAUAGCAUUACCAAUCGGCUUAUUCUGGUUCGCCUGGAGCAACUCGCCUAACAUCCACUGGAUGGCCUCUGUCGCAGCAGGAGCGCCCUUCGGUUUCGGCAUGGUCCUCGUCUUCCUCAGUGUGUUCAACUACCUUAUCGACUCAUACACGAUCUUCUCCGCCUCCGUGCUCGCUGCAAAUUCCGCCCUCCGCUCACUGUUCGGCAUGGCCUUCCCUCUUUUCACAACCUACAUGUACCAUAACCUGGGUAUUCAUUGGGCCUCGUCGAUCCCGGCCUUUUUGGCGCUUGCGUGCGUGCCCUUCCCGUUCAUCUUCUACAAGUAUGGCGCCCGUAUCAGACAACGGUGCACAUACGCAUCAGAGGCGGAUGCCUUUAUGCGCCGCCUUGCUGAGAGAAAUCAGGCGAUCCGCCGCGAGGAGCCUGAUUCAGAGAAGGACGAGAAGACAAACUCAGUGGCUCGGGUAUCUGAUGAUGUCCACUCGAGUGAUACUGAUACUCUGUCUACUGUUCCAUCUCGUGGUACCAUCGCGCGGUAUGCGUCACGCGCGUCUCGGCAAUCCGGUCGGUCUUUGCAUCGUGUUGCGACUGCGGCACAAUAUGAAGAGAACCCCUAUGACUUGGAUCUGGUCAAUACUCAACAGUCGGCUAUCAGCCGCAAGGAUUGA